GGAGAAGUUAGCAGCCAACUGGCCUUCCUGUCCAGCAAGUUCUAGCCAUGGACCGGGACCUUUUGCGGCAGUCGCUGAAUUGCCACGGGCCUUCGUUGCUCUCCAUGCUCCGGAACGAACAGCAGGACAAUCCGCACUUCCGGACCCUUCUAGGGUCGGCGACGGAGCCUGCCCCGGGCCCGCCGCCCCAGCAGUUACAGGGCAGAAAAGAGAAGAGAAUUGACAACACUGAAAUACAAACAUUCAUUUCCAAAAAAGCAGAUCUUCUUUUUGCACUUUCCUGGAAAUCAGAUGCACCCGCAGUUUCUGAAGUGAAUGAAGACAAUGAAGAUCACUAUGCAAUCAUGCCACCUUUAGAACAAUUCAUGGAGAUACCUAGUAUGGACCGGAGAGAGCUGUUUUUUCGAGACAUUGAGCGUGGUGAUAUAGUGAUUGGAAGAAUUAGUUCCAUUCGGGAAUUUGGGUUUUUCAUAGUGUUGAUCUGUUUAGGCAGUGGCCUCAUGAGAGAUAUCUCUCACUUAGAAAUCACAGCUCUUUGUCCACUGAGAGAUGUGCCUUCUCACAGUAACCACGGUGAUCCUUUAUCAUAUUACCAAACUGGUGACAUCAUCCGAGCUGGAAUCAAGGAUGUUGAUAGAUAUCAUGAAAAGCUUGCAGUAUCUUUGUACAGCUCAUCUCUUCCACCACACUUAUCUGGUAUUAAAUUAGGUGUAAUUAGUUCUGAAGAGCUUCCUUUAUACUACAGGAGGAGUGUUGAGCUAAACAGCAACUCUUUGGAGUCCUAUGAAAAUAUCAUGGAGAGUUCCUUGGGAUUUGUUAAUCCAGGAGUAGUUGAAUUCCAUCUAGGAAAACUAGGAAUAGAUGAAUCUAAUCCACCAUCUUUAAUGAGAGGCCUACAAAGCAAAACUUUCUCUGAAGAUGAUUAUGCUUCUGCAUUAAGAAAGAAACAGUCUGCCUCUUGGGCUUUAAAAUGUGUGAAGAUUGGAGUUGAUUAUUUUAAGAUUGGACGCCAUGUUGAUGCUAUGAAUGAAUACAAUAAAGCUCUGGAAAUAGACAAACAAAAUGUGGAAGCUUUGGUAGCUCGUGGAGCAUUAUACGCAACAAAAGGAAGUCUGAACAAAGCAAUAGAAGAUUUUGAACUUGCAUUGGAAAACUGCCCAACUCACAGGAAUGCAAGAAAAUACCUCUGCCAGACACUUGUAGAAAGAGGAGGGCAGUUAGAAGAAGAAGAAAAGUUUUUGAAUGCUGAAAGUUACUAUAAGAAAGCUUUGGCCUUGGAUGAGACUUUUAAAGAUGCAGAGGAUGCUUUGCAGAAACUUCAUAAAUACAUGCAGAAAUCUUUGGAAUUAAGAGAAAAACAAGCUGAAAAGGAAGAAAAACAGAAAACAAAGAAAAUAGAAACAAGUGCAGAAAAGUUGCGUAAGCUCUUAAAAGAAGAGAAAAGGUUAAAGAAGAAAAAAAGAAAAUCAACUUCUUCCUCUUCAAGUGUUUCUUCUGCUGAUGAAUCAGUUUCUUCAUCAUCCUCUUCCUCUUCCAGUCAUAAAAGGCAUAAGAAACGUAAGCGGAACCGUUCAGAGUCUUCUCGCAGUUCCAAAAGGCAUUCAUCUAAGGCAUUCUCAACUCAGAUAGAUCAGAAUAGGAAAGAGGAGUACUACCCACUUCCAAUCAAUACUUCAGCAUCUUUUCUUAACCAGAAACAAGAAGUGGAAAAACUGCUGGAAAAGCAGGAUAGGUUACCAUAUCAAAAGACACAGGUAAAAGAGAAAGAUAGAUAUCCUGUCUCUUCAUCUUCUGUUGAAAUUCCGGAUGAUUUUGGAGGUAGGUCUGAAGAGCCAAGAGAUUUUUAUAAUAGCUCUAAAAUUCAGGCAAGCAAUAGCAAAACAGAAAAGCCAUAUAAAUCAGAAAGACAUUUUUCCAAUAGAAGAGAUUCCUCAGAUUCCUUCUAUAGGAAUUCAGAGGACAAAAUGAAAAAUUAUGGUUACAGGAGAUUUGACAGGGAUGUAGAGGGAAGAAAAGAACACUAGAGAAGGUGGGAACCAGGUUCAGGGAGAUAUUCUACGUCACCAGCAAGCUCAGAGUAUUCUUGGAAGUCACUUGAUAAAUAUAAAAAAAGUACUUACUCUGGAUCAUGUGAUUUUAGUAAACAUGAGCAAAGAUACCAGUUAAAUACAAAUCAAGGAGAGUAUGAAAGGGAGGACAAUUAUGGGGAAGAGUCUAAAAUGGAGGUUUCAAAAGAAGAUGGACUAAAUAGCAAAGAGCAAUCAGAAAGUAAAGUUAAAAAGAAUUUACCUCAAAAUUUACUCAAUAUAUUUAACCAGAUAGCUGAAUUUGAGAAAGAAAAAGGAAAUAAGCCAAAAAAUUAA